CGCGAGCCAGCCAGUGAAUAUUCAAACUGACACCUUGAGCUUGACACCGACUCCUUCGGUUACCGAGAUUCCGUUUUCAACCCCGUUCCUCUUCUCAUUUUGGUCUUCAAACUCCUGCAUCUUACUCCAGAGCAGGCAUGGCUUCUUCACAGAUCAUUGUCCUGAUAACAGGCGCCAAUCAAGGCAUUGGAUUUGAAACGGCCAAAAGCCUCCUGUUUUCCUUCCCCAAUUACCACAUUCUCCUCGGCAGUCGUGAUCUUAGCAAGGGAUUGGAAGCAGCAUCAAAUCUCCAGCAACUUCCUAUCAAGGGCACGGUGACCGCAAUUCAAAUCGAUGUCACCGACGAUGCUUCGGUAGAUGCUGCCGCGAGACACGUCAAUGAUACCCUCGGACGCCUCGACGUGCUUGUCAACAAUGCUGGGAUCGGGGCACGACACAAUGAGACAGCGCGAGAUGCCAUGAGAGAAGUUCUAGCUGUCAAUGUUGUCGGUGUAGUCAGUGUCACAGAAGCCUUCUUACCGUUGCUUGGGAAGUCCUCAGCCCCUCGUUUGAUCUUUGUCUCUUCUACUACCGGCUCGAUCGCCAUUGCAGCAGACCCAAAUGGGCCUUUACACGGCGGCGGUGCCAUGGACUAUAGAUCUUCAAAGGCGGCGCUGAACAUGUUGAUGAUUUUAUACUGGAAUCGCUUGGGGCGGGAGGGAUUCAAAGUAUUUGGUGCAAACCCAGGCUUGAUUGCAACGAACUUCCAUGGAGGCGGAAGACCUGGAUCCGAGCCGGAAGUUGGAGGCGAAAGAAUUGCUGCUGUCAUCAGAGGAGAUAGGGAUGCGGAUGUUGGGAAGGUCUGUAAUGCAAACGGUGUUCUCCCCUGGUGAUGGGGAAAAGCCAUAAAAUGAUCGAUAAUAGUUCCAUACGGCUACUUGCUUCGCUCGUCCUAGUCUCGAAGUCUUUAUGUUAAAGCUGAGGGGC